AUGCCCAAGGUCUUACGUGAUGAGGCUGCAGCGAGUCAGACUGGAAGUGGUUCUAAGCGAUCAUUUUCUACCUCCGCAAGAUUACACCAGGGCGAAGUGAAGGGUAAUUCGCCGGACCCCUCUGCUGCCACCGUUGCAAACAUGCUUGCGGCUUCAAAUCGGGGAGAAUCUGUUGAUGUUGAGAGAGGAAUCCCAGAGGGCUUCAAGUAUGAGCCACCAACUCUGCCUCUGCCACCAAAUGAACGAUUUGACCGCCGGUAUGAGCCAUUAGUGGAACAGUUCACCAAGCUAAUAAUGAAGCAUGGAAAGCUAUCUCUUGCUCAGAAGCACAUGGCCAAAAUCCUAGAGUAUCUCCGUACUGCUCCAGCACCACUCAUCGACCCGUCAAAGCCUUUCCUCCCGGGUCCUCCAUCCCCGCAACUCCCUCUAAACCCAAUUCUAUACCUUACUCUCGCCGUCGACUCUAUUGCUCCUCUUUUCCGAAUUCGUCAAAUCAGGGGUAUUGCUGGUGGUGGUGCUGCACUUCCCAUUCCAAGCCCACUUGCUCAGCGCCAACGUCGCCGAGAAGCCAUCACCUGGAUCCUUGAGGCUGCCGAGAAGAGACGUGACAAUCAGCUUUCACACCGGAUAGCGAAUGAAAUCAUUGCCAUUGCAGAGGGAAAGAGCAGUGUCUGGCUUAAGCGGGCUGCUAUCCACAAACAGGCAACUGUUUCCCGUGCGAAUAUCCGCCGUGCCUCCCAGCAACGGAGGGGUAGGAAGCAAUAA